AUGAACUUCAAGGAUUGGCAAAAGGACCCCCGACCGCGGUAUCUGGUCGUCAAUGCAGACGAGGGUGAGCCCGGAACUUGCAAGGACCGAGAGAUCAUGCGCAAGGACCCCCAGAAGCUGAUCGAGGGCUGUCUGGUGGUGGGCCGGGCCAUGAACGCCAACGCCGCCUACAUCUACAUCCGCGGCGAGUUCUACCACGAGGCCACCGUCCUCCAGCAAGCCAUCAACGAGGCGUACCAGGCCGGGUACAUCGGCAAGAACGCUUGCGGCACCGGAUACGAUUUCGACGUCUACAUCCACCGGGGAAUGGGCGCCUACGUCUGCGGUGAGGAGACAUCAUUGAUCGAGUCGCUCGAGGGCAAGGCCGGCAAGCCGCGCCUGAAGCCGCCCUUCCCCGCUGCCGUUGGUCUGUUCGGCUGCCCCAGCACCGUGACCAACGUCGAGACCGUGGCCGUGACGCCCACCAUCAUGCGCCGCGGUGCCAACUGGUUCUCCUCAUUUGGUCGCGAGCGUAACGCUGGCACCAAGCUGUUCUGUAUCUCGGGCCACGUCAACAACCCCGUCACGGUGGAGGAGGAGAUGUCCAUUUCACUUCGCGAGCUGAUCGAGAAGCACUGUGGAGGUGUGCGGGGCGGCUGGGAUAAUUUGUACGCCGUUAUUCCCGGCGGCUCGUCCACGCCCGUGCUCCCCAAGUCUGUGGCCGACGACCAACUCAUGGACUUUGACGCCCUCAAAGACUCACAGUCCGGUCUGGGCACUGCCGCUGUCAUCGUCAUGGACAAGUCCACCGACAUUAUCCGCGCCAUUUCCCGUCUGUCGACCUUCUACAAGCACGAGAGUUGCGGCCAGUGCACCCCCUGUCGCGAGGGCAGCAAGUGGACCAUGCAGAUGAUGCAGCGUCUGGAGAAGGGUAACGCCCGCGAGCGUGAGAUCGAUAUGUUGCAGGAGCUCACCAAGCAGGUCGAGGGCCACACCAUCUGCGCUCUCGGCGAGGCCUUUGCCUGGCCCAUCCAGGGUCUGAUCCGUCACUUCCGGCCGGAGUUGGAGGCCCGCAUUCGCCAGUACGAGAAGGAACUCGGUGGUACUCCCUACGCCGGUGGCUGGAACCCGGAGAGCCGUGCAGAGGGCAAGCUGAUCUCCCCCGGCAUGUAA